AUGUCACAAUUCCCGAAUAAUAAUUACAAUCAGCAAUUCUUGGGUCAAAGCAUACCAAAUGUGAAUCUCAAUAAUGUGAAUCUCAAUAAUGGCAACCCUAUUGGAUCACCCAACCUUGCGAACACUCCCUCACCUAUGAUCGGAGUUCGACCCCCAAUUCCAAAUUAUAACUCGCCUACUGCUUCGCCUACUCCUAAUCGGUCAUUGCAAUUCAAUGCUUCGCAGCUUGCUUCUUUGACUGAUUUUCAUCAGAGACAACAGGCUCUGGUAGCGAUCCAACAAGCUCAACAGCAAGCUCGAUCGCAAGUUCAAAAUCAAGGUCAACCUGCGACCCUGGGCCAGGCUCAGCCGAGACCGAAUCUACAAGCGAUGCAACAAGUCUUGCAACAGAGAUUACAAGCCCAAUCACAGCAGAAUGUACUUCAAUUCUUACAGACCAAUGGGAAUGGCAAUUUAAAUCAACAUUCGAUAACCCCCUCACAACUACAAACUCCCCCUCCUUUAGGCCAUUUGAGACCUUCCAAUACGGUUGUCCCUCAACAAACCAUACAGCAAUCUAUUCCUCCUAGACCCAUAAGUCAAAAUCCUGCUUUCAAUCCUGCUCUUCUUAAUGCCGUGAAAAUAGCCAGUAAUCCCAUUCCUAUCCCUACUUCUAUAUCAUCUUCUCAACCUUCCAAUACUGUCCCAAGACCAGUUGUUCCUUUAACGCAAACAUUCACCCCUCCAUCUGAAGCUGUACCAAAGACGUCUUCGCCUCCUAAAGCGGAUUCGUCUCAGUCUGGUACUGCAGACAAAGAAGGAAAGAAGGACGAAAAUGAAAAGGAGAAGCCAAAAGAGAAGAAGAAACGACCCCCAAAGAAGAAGAAGGAGAAGCCAAGUGAGGAGCUAGAUAAGGAUAAAAGUGAUAAAGCUGAGGAAAAGAAAGAUCAAGCAGAAGCUGCAACACCUACAGCUGAUAAACCUGUCAGGCCUAAAAAGCCUCGAACAGAAGAAGAAAAAGCUAAACGUGCCGAAGCCAGAAGACGGAAAGUCGCGGCUGAUAAGGAAAAAGCUGCAGCUGCCGCUGCCGCCGCAGCUGCUACCUCUUCUCAACAAAAUGGUGACGACGAUUCAGGAGUAUUCACGGCUGGUCCAACUACUCCAGCGAUUAAAGAUUCGACCGCAUCUGUAGUAAACACCGCCAAGCAACCUGAAGCAUCGAAAGAUAAAGAGUCUAAGAAGGACGCGGAGUUUAAAUCGUCCGAGCCAAAGGUUGUCGCGCCUGCCGCUCCAGUCCUUCUAACAUCGACAGAAACCAGAAGUAGACGACAGGAAGGUAUGAGGGGAUCAAUGCGGAACGAGAUUGCCAGACUCAUGUAUGGAGCCGGUGAUGUAGCGGAACCUGAUAUUGAUACUGUUGAUUAUAUGGAAGAUAUGGUAGUCGAGUUCCUUGCGGAUCUGUGUCGCCCUAUACCACCUUUACGUCCUGCGCAACAAUCUCAACCUAUACCGGUCCCUAUAUCUUUUGACAUGAUUCGACACCGACUCUCAACGUCGACAUCAAUGAACAAAUAUCUAGAGCGAUUCGACCACAUGGUCUAUAUGUCUGAGAUCCUCAAGGCGCACAGAAGAAUCGCUAAUCCAAACUUGAAUGAUCUGGUUGAAACAGUGGGAAAUGAUUACCUAGGAUUAGAUGAUCAACCCACUGGAUCCAAGCGAGGAGGAGGAGAUGAAGAGGACGGUGCAAGACUAAAGAAGAGAGGUAGACCAAAUACCAAACUGAAACCAUUGAAAGAUAAAUCUGAGAAAAGAAAGCCUGGUCCUCAAAAGGGUUGGAAACUGAACAGAGAUCCAAAUCUACCUUCUAGCAGAAGAAGUCAAUUUUCACAACAUAAUGUUCCAAAACGGAAAUAUCAAAGAAAACCAGGUGCCAAUCCACCUGGUAACGUGAAGAGAGAAACGUCAAUGAAUACUUGA